GACCUUCUGGUCAAUUGUGUAAUAUUUUCGUCCGUCAUUUUUUCUUUUUUUCAUAUGACGAUACCGCAAUAACAGCAGCGCUCAGCGAAUGGCCUUACCUCAGUGCAUAUUGUUGACUCGUUUGUGAUGGAGUGUUUUUUGCUCUCUUUAAGGUUGGAGCCAACGGAAGCCUGACCCAGGGACCCCCCUUUUUUUUUUUUUACUGCAGGAUCUUCGUCGGGGCGACGCAACGAACAUCAGAUUUGACAAAAAUGUUACAAGGAAGACCCGUGAAUAUCAAGCGCUUCGAAGUAGUCCUGUGCGCAUGCGUUGCGCUUUACGUUAUAUACACCCUCACCGGCACACUAUCCUUGCCUCUGUCCCAGUCACAGAGAAACUCCGGAAGCUCAGCAGAGUCUGCGAACGAUGUGAUUCAACCACUUCCGAGAGAGACGGAGGACUCUGCGAAGGGGAAAGUCAUUCAGGAAGCGUUGGAUAUCACGCGUCAAGGAGAGAGAAUAGUGUCUAUCGUCAAGUUCUUUGAAAAGACUCCUGGUUUGUUGUCUGAGCAAAACAACCUCCUCCCGGAACAUUCCCAGAAACCGGAGAGAUUUCAUUUUCAAGAUGCCACGAGCCACGACCAUCGAAGACCUUCAGAAGCGACACAUAACUCACCUCUUACACAGAAAACAGGAGUAAGUCCUAUGAAUCUUUGCAGCGUCACGUUUGAUUUAGAUCUGUGCUCCUGCAGUAGGAUGUUAACGCUUCCCUUCCCUUCUGCAUGUCCGAAGACUGUAACUUCAGCAGGGCAUAUCCUAGAGACCUUGAAAGAUUCCUUUGGGGACUCGACCUGUGGUGACUGGAGCACUAUUCGGGGGCCCAAACAAAAGGUCGUCAGCUACUCCGUUCAUGGCAGUUUCCCGAACGAUUAUUACCAAGGGUUGGAAUCUCUAGUACCUGUCAUUGCGGACACGUAUCCGGGAUGGACCAUGAGAGUUUACCAUCGUCUCGACGAAUCGAACACAACCAUUCGCAAUUGGAUGUGUUCUUUGGCUUGCAAAUAUCCACACCUCGAUUACUGCAGCGUUGACAAAAUAUCAGACUUGAGCAACGUGAAAAGCGAGACUUCGGGGAAAGCCUGGAGGUUCUCCGUCGUGGGGGAUCGUCUCGUCGACGGCUACAUGGUCAGAGACGCGGAUUCCCCGAUCCUCCAGCGGGAAGUCGACGCUGUCCACGAUUGGCUGAAUUCCGCGAGAUGCUUCCACAUAAUGAGAGACAACAUUUUCCACCGAGCUCCCAUCAUGGCGGGGAUGUGGGGCGGCUGCAAUACUUGGAGAGAACAGCAGUUUCGAAACGUCAGGGAACAGAUGUUUCAAGAUGUCUCCAACGGUGUGGACGACCAGUCAACUCUCAAGAGCAGACUGUGGCCACUGGCUCGGGGGAACGCCACCGUCCACGACUCGUACAACUGCAGGAGGUUCCCGGGAUCUCAACCUUUUCCUUCGCAGAGGGUGAAUUUCACCUUCGUAGGGCAAAGAACGUACAGGAAGUGGUACCGGAAGGAAAGAACUUUUUUGCAAUGUCCCUGGAGAUGCCGUCCAAGACAGCAUCCUGACUGGGUGUACUGUUGAUGGGCAAAGGGACGAAUCAGCCAGCAGGAGGAAAUAGAUCUUCCUCUCUCCUCGUUCUUCUUCUUCUUCGCUAUGACGGUUGAAAUAAAAAGGAGCUAGUAUCAAAUAUGUUACGGGAUACUCGACUAAGCAAAGAUUGAACUAAAAGCAGGAAGCGCGUAAUUUAGUCUGUCUUGAAAAAACAAA